CUUAUCUUAUUGACUACUAUUGUCAGCAGAGACUCUGUACCUCUGUUGUUGCACUCACUGCUCUCUGUGCUAGCUUCACCACAGUCCUCAUGGCUCAACCAGAAGUAACAUCGAUGUCAGACAACACAAAGGCACACUGGCAAGAUGCAGAAGUGGAUGCUCUACUUCAUCACCUGAUUCAGAAUUGGGCAGCGGGUGGCAAUGGUGGAAACUUCACAAUGCCUACCUUCAACAGUGCAGCAGCUGCUAUCAAUGACAAUGAUGUGAUUCAAACAAUAGGCCCACCAAAGAUGGGCAAGAUGGUUAAGACGAAGUGGACAUUGCUCAAAAAAAUCUUUAAUCAAAUCAAGAUCUAUUGCAAUGUAUCUGGUUUCCAUUGGGAUAAUGUGCAGGGGGCUGGAAUCAAGGGCACUGCGGCUGCCAGUGUUUGGGAUACAUAUGUUGAUCCCAAGAUGAUUUUGGGUGAUAAUAGUGGCGCUUGCAGAAGGCACACUUUGCAUCUGGCUACUGCACCCCCUCCAUCUAUCAAUACUGCAGAUGAUGUCCUUGAUACACUCAGGCUGCUGGAGCUGCCACUGCCAGUGAUGUACCAGACAUGA